AUGGAUAGCCUAUGUUUAUAUAUUGCUGGCAUCGGCCACGUGAACUCAUUCGGUUUAAUUUACAAAGAUUUUAUAGUCGAGACCCACUCGAACGCAAAAUUACUUACUACUGCCCACGGAAUAUUUUCCAUGAUGUUAGCCAUUGGAGGUUUAAUAGUAAAUAUAUUAUCUAAGAGAUAUUCUUUAAGAUUAGGAGGUCUCAUUGGCGCUAUCCUUAUGACUACUGGAUCAUUUUUAACAAUAAUAAUAACCAACACCAAUCAGCUUCCGUUUACGUUUGGCUUGCUUCAAGGAAUUGGUUUUGGAAUGAUAACUCCCGUGUGUUACGCAACAAUUAACCAUUACUUCGUGAGAAGGAGAACUCAAGUAAUGAGUUUGAUUAAAGCAAUACAAGGAAUUAUUCUAAUUUGGUAUCCGCAGCUAAUAAAACUUACAUUGACGUUUUACGGAUUUAGAGAAACUUUACUCAUAAUCAGUGGAAUAUCGUUACAUUCAUUCCCAGGAAUGGUUGCUAUGGUAACGAGGAAUUGUAAUAAAGAAAAAACAUGUUUACUAGUUGUAGAUGAAACAAGAGAAAAGGGUGGAAAAGGACUGGAAAGUGUCGAUCUAUUAGAGGAGCAUAAAACAAAUGAAAUCUCGCCUCGAGCAAGCAACACAAGCGACAGGAAGAAGUCAAUAACGAUAUUUGGAAUAGAUUUAUACUUCCAUAACAUUUUUUUUUACAGAAAUUAUCUUUUAGAGAUAUUGAACAUAAGGAUAUUGAGGGAUCCGAUCUUUAACAAUAUUUGUGUCGGACUAAGUUUUGUUAACUUUUCCGAUUUAAUGUUUUUUAUGUUGUAUCCAUUGCUUUUAUACCAAUAUGGGUUUGAUAUGAGUGAAGUGGCGGUAUGUAUAUCAAUCAACGCAGGCGCCGAUGUUGCAGGGCGUUUUGGUCUCGCGUUUAUAAGCAGUGCUAUCAAUGUAAAUACAAGAUUACUCUUUUUCGUCGCCACGUUUUUUACAAUGUUAGCUAGAAUAGUAAUACUUCAAGUUCGUCAGUUCGUGUGGAUAGCAGUAAUGACAAGUUUAUUGGGUGUACUUCGCGCGUUGUUGCACAUCACUAGUCCCCUUGUCAUCUCCAAUCACGUGAACUAUCAAGACUUUACUGAAUCCUACGCUUUGUUCAUGCUUUCAUCUGGUCUAGUCAAUGUGAUUUUCUCCCCACUUAUUGGCUUGCUGAAGGACAUUUAUCGAGAUUACAUACCAGCUUUUUAUGCCUUAACGCUAUGCUGUCUACCGUGUUUAAUUCUGUGGACCAUUGAAUUUUAUAUGAUUAAGGUUAAAAAUAAAAACUGAAUUGUUAAAAUAAA